AUGCUGAGCGGCCGGCAGCAGCAGCAGCAGCAGGUGGACGCCGCCCCCGCCGCCCGCGGGCGCUGCCCCUGGCCGGCGCCGCCCGCGACGCGCCGGCAGGCCUCGCUGUGCCGCCGCGAGCCGGCGCUGCCCGCCGUGCUGCUGGAGGCCCGCGGACGAGCGCUCGACGGCUGCCGCGCCGCCUUCCGAUACGACCGCUGGAACUGCUCCCUCACCAUAGCCGGACAGUCCGUCUUCGCCAAGCAGUUCCGCGAGACGGCGGCGCUGCAGGCGGUGUCUGGGGCGGCGCUGGCGGACGCCGUGUCCCGGGCGUGCGCGCGCGGCCAGUUGAGGCGCUGCGGCUGCCCCGCGACGGUGGUGCAGGAGCAGCUGGAGGAGACGUGCCGCUGCCACGGCGUGUCGGGGUCCUGCGCGGCCAAGACGUGCUGGCGGCGGCUGGCGCCCUUCCCGCGCACCGCGGACGCGCUGCGCCGCCGCUACCUGUCGGCCCGGCUGCUGCUCGUCCCCAACUCGCACCGCGACCUGCGACGCGCCCACAGGACACUCGGCUGGUCUGGCAGGCAGCUGCAGCUGUUGUACCUGGAUGAGACACCGCCAUUGUGCAGCUGGACGCGUGGGCGCCGCUGCUCGGAUGCCGACAACUGUGCCAUGCUGUGCUGUGGCCAUGGCUUCCACACCGUACGCAGGCCCCUAGCACACAAGUGUCGAUGCCAUUGGCUGCAUGAGCGGCUGUUGUGCGACUGGUGCCGCCACAGCCGCACCUACUACUUCUGCGAGUAAUCAUCUGUCACAAUGGUGCAUCUCCAAAAGUGUUUUGCAUGUGUGUGUGUGUGUGCCAGAAGCACCUGUGUCAAAAUUUCUGUUCC